AAUGGUUGGUUUGGUUUGGUUUGGUUUUGAUUUGAGUGAAGAAGCGCUGUUGCCUCUCUUCUUCUUUCUGACUUCUUCUGUGCUCUCCUCCUCCUCUCCUCAUCAGAGUUAAAAAGGCAGAGGUUGAAGUUGAGCCUUUGAGGUUGAGAGCCUACCCAUGUCUGUGUUUUUACAAACAGAGAAACACACAGAAGAAGAAGAAGAAGAGAGGGUCUGUCUGUGCUGUGGGUGCUCUCAGUCUCAGUCUAUCUCUCUCUCUCUCUCUCUCUCUCUCUCUCUCUCAUUUUAGAAUCAUAAGCCUUCUGUUUAGUUAAUAAUUUCUAUUUCAGGAAAUACAGAGAUUCUCAGAGAUCUAUGAAUGAUAUUUCCUCUGUUUGUUUUCCAGCCUUGUAAUCAUCACUUUUUGAUUUCAAGAUGAUCACUCAUUAGAAUCAAAACAAAAAAGAUUUUCCUUUCCUUUCUUCUCUCCUCUUCUUUAUUUUUUCUCUAGGAAAUUUCACUGUCGUUUUAUUUCCCCCAUCUUUCACUGCAGAUCUAAGCUCAAGUGAAAUAAACAGAUAUCGUUUUCCUCGACGAGUGUUAGCUAUAACUAGCUAGCUAGAUAGCUUUGUAUCUAAUUAGAUCUGCUCUUCUGGUCUCAUUCGUGUAGGUUCCUCAGAUUCCCUUCCAAAGGUCUUGUAUUUGUGCAUCAGAGUUUUCUUAGAUUGAAAUCUCUGGCAUAGAUCUUGCAUACACUGAGAUUGAGAGAGACGCAUAUAUAAUAUAUUAUGUAUAUGCAUAUGCGAGGCUAGCUCUUUUUUUUUGUUUUUUUCCAAAAUUUUCUCGGAAAGUUGAUUUCUUUUUUGUUCGAUUUUCCUUGGAACCUUUGGCAUUUUUUCCCGGGAAAGUUGUGGAUUGAAUGGUAAAGAAAGAAGGAUGAAUUACUUUCCAGACGAGGUAAUAGAGCACAUAUUCGACUCGGUGACGUCGCACAAGGACCGAAACGCAGUGUCGUUGGUGUGCAAAUCGUGGUACAGAAUAGAGAGGUUUAGUAGGGAGAGAGUGUUCAUAGGGAAUUGCUAUGCGAUCAGCCCAGAGAGAGUGAUCGAGAGGUUUCCAGGGCUCAAGUCCCUAACUUUGAAGGGAAAGCCUCACUUCGCCGACUUCAAUUUGGUCCCUCAUGACUGGGGUGGCUUUCUGCAGCCUUGGGUUGAAGCUUUCGUUGACAGCCGGGUCGGCUUGGAGGAGCUCAGACUCAAGAGGAUGGUGGUCUCUGAUGAAAGCCUUGAGCUUCUUUCCAGGUCCUUCCUCAAUUUCAAGUCUUUGGUUCUUGUUAGCUGCGAAGGCUUUACCACCGAUGGCCUUGCUGCUAUAGCUGCCAAUUGCAGGUUUCUCAAGGAGCUGGAUCUGCAGGAAAAUGAUAUUGAUGAUCAUAGAGGCCAGUGGCUUAGCUGCUUUCCUGAAAACUGUACCUCACUAGUGUCCCUGAAUUUUGCAUGCCUCAAAGGAGAAAUUAAUUUAGCAGCUCUGGAGAGACUAGUGGCUAGAUCUCCUAACCUCAAAGUCCUGAGGUUAAACCGUGCGGUACCUCCUGAUACUCUUCAAAAAGUACUCAUGCUAGCACCUCAACUAGUGGAUUUGGGAACCGGGUCUUAUGUCUUAGAUCCUGAUUCUGAGACGUACAACAAACUGAAGGCUACUAUUCUAAAAUGUAAAUCAAUUAAGAGCUUGUCAGGGUUUUUGGAGGUUGCCCCCCGUUGUCUUCCCGCUAUUUACCCAAUAUGCUCAAACUUGACAUCCUUGAACCUCAGCUAUGCUCCAGGGAUUCAUGGCAGCGAGCUGAUAAAGCUAAUUCGCCACUGUGGGAAGCUUCAGCGCUUAUGGAUACUAGAUUGUAUUGGAGACAAAGGACUAGGAGUUAUCGCUUCAACUUGUAAAGAAUUGCAGGAAUUGAGAGUUUUUCCUUCUGAUCCAUUUGGAGUUGGACAUGCUGCUGUAACAGAAGAAGGCCUUGUUGCCAUAUCCGCUGGUUGCCCCAAGCUUCACUCUUUGCUUUACUUUUGCCAGCAGAUGACUAAUGCUGCUCUCAUCACUGUGGCCAAGAACUGCCCAAAUUUUAUACGUUUCAGGUUGUGCAUCCUUGACCCCACUAGACCUGACGCUGUCACCAUGCAGCCACUGGAUGAAGGUUUUGGGGCAAUUGUUCAGGCAUGCAAAAAUAUUAGGCGGCUGUCACUCUCCGGCCUCUUGACUGACAAGGUUUUCCUUUACAUUGGAAUGUAUGCUGAGCAGCUUCAAAUGCUUUCUAUUGCAUUUGCUGGAGACAGCGAUAAAGGUAUGCUUUAUGUGUUGAAUGGGUGCAAGAAGCUUCGGAAGCUUGAGAUCAGGGACUGCCCCUUCGGGAACAUGGCACUUCUAAAGGACGUGGGAAAGUAUGAAACAAUGCGAUCCCUUUGGAUGUCGUCCUGCGAAGUUACUCUUGGAGGCUGCAAGGCACUCGCAGAGAAGAUGCCAGGGCUUAAUGUGGAGAUCAUAAAUGAAAACGAUCAGAUGGAGCUUGGCCUUGAUGAUGAGCAACGAGUGGAGAAGAUGUACCUCUAUCGCACACUAGUAGGGCCAAGAAACGAUACACCGGAGUUUGUGUGGACUCUGUAGGUGUAUUUAUUUUCCUGUUUAGGCUGUCAAACUCUUCUUAUUGAGUAGUUUGUACUUUGGUUAGGCAAACUGGUUAGUGGAUUUUAGUCGAUUUGAGUUAGUGAUAAGUUGUUUAAAUUUAAACAGAUUGGCUGUUAUAAUCUUAUGCUGUUAUAAAUAGAUUUUGUACUAGUA